UCAAAGGUUAUCAAUUAGAUAACCUCUUCGUUGGAAGAGCCCGCCGUGGUGUCAGCUACGGAUACAAUGCCCUGAUUCCUGCUUAUACAGAAUUGAAGGUGUUCAGCGAAUAUUGCAAUGGAACUGAUUGCACCCAACAGCAAAAAAUGUUCAGUUACGCUUUUAUUGUUUCCGUGGUUGCACAAAUGUGCCUCAUUCCACUAGCUGGUCUUCUUAUGGAUCGAAUUGGCUUGCGAGUGGUCAAGUUCAUCUGCGUGACCCUCAUUUCCAUCGGAUUGCUCAUGUUCGGCUUCACUACCGGUAAAACAGGCCCCCUACUCUUCGCUGGAAUGAUAUUUGUCGCUUUUGCCUCUCUGGCCAGCCUGUUUUGUAACCACCAAAUUAGCUCACAAUUCCCACAUAAUCGUGGUCUGGCUAUUUCUCUUCUUUCCGGCGGGUACGACUCUAGCACAGCAAUAUUUUUCAUAUUCUCUCGGACCUAUCCACAAAUUUCGCUCCAAACAUCCUUCAUUAUCUUGGCAUGUGGGUGUUUUAUUUACGGAUCUAUAAUGGCACUAUUCUUUCUGACCCAAUAUUCCAAGGAUAUGGCAACGAUUGGUUGUCGAGAUACAGAGAUACCUCAGUAUCCCGUCCAAACGAAUGAAGAAUCCACUGCUUUGAAUAAAGUGGAAGAGGACUUGGAGGAUAAGAUCAACCGAAUCAUCCAAGAGCGUUACCCUGAUACCAAGUCGUGCUUUCGUUCCUGGCCAUUCGCAUUGGUAGCAACAUGGUUUAUGUUUGGAUUAUUGCGUUUUUCUUACUUCUUCAGCCAACUAUCUUCACAGUUGGAGCUGGCUUUCAACAAAGAUCAGGCAAUUGUGAACAAUCUGCUUUUCAUUUCCUCCGCUGUGUCUAUGUGUGGUUUGUUUGUGGCUCCCAUCACAGGCACCAUCAUGGAUGUAUCAAAGAAAGCUUAUCGAAAGUUGUUGAAACGAUGUAUUGCUGACAAACCAGGCUCCCUAAAAGAUAGACACAUUUACUGGAUACACUUGCGGUCUAUGGCUCCUGCUACUGCAAUUCUGGCAAGUGCCGCCCUGAUCCUAUCGUGCC